AUGAGGCCUCUGCGGUGCGGGUGGAGGAAGACCCGAAGCAUCUCCCUGGGACUCUUUGCCCUCUGCCUGGUCGCAGCCCACUGUCUGCAGAGUCAGGGUGUGUCACUGUACAUUCCCCAGUCCAUCAUCAAUGCCACUGUYGAAGAAGACAUCCUGCUCUCCGUUGAAUAUUCCUGCCAUGGGGUGCCCACCAUCGAAUGGAAGUACAGGUCCAACUGGGGUGUGCAGAAAAUCGUGGAGUGGAAACCAGGGACUCAGGCCAAUAUCUCCCAAAGCCAUAGGGACAGAGUUUGCACCUUUGACAAUGGCUCCAUCCAACUUUUCAGUGUGGGAGUGCGGGAUUCAGGCUCUUACAUCAUCACCGUGACAGAGCGCCUGGGGAGCAGCCAGUUUGGCACCAUUGUCCUGCAUGUGUCUGAGAUCCUCUACGAAGACCUCCAUUUUGUUGCUGUCUUCCUUGCUUUACUCGCUGCUGUGGCCGCAGUGUUAAUCAGCCUCAUGUGGGUCUGUAAUAAGUGUUCAUAUAAAUUCCAGAGGAAGAGAAGACACAAACUCAAAGAAAGCACAACUGAGGAGAUUGAGCUACAAGAUGUUGAAUGCUAGUCAAGGCUGGGCCCAGUUACA